GAAUUUUAAAAAUCCCCUUCCUGUUUGCUCAGCCAGGUGUGGAGUGCAAUCAAUCAAUCAAUCACUGACCAUGCCUCCAAGCCCCAAACGAGCCCCAGCAUGGAACACUUCCGAGCUGCAGGACCUCAUCAGUGUUUGGGGUGAGGAAGCUGUGCAGUCACAGCUGCGCUCCAGCCGUAGAAAUUAUGAUACCUAUGGGCAGAUAUCAAAGUCCUUGCUGCAAAGGGGCCAUGAAUGGGACGCGUUGCAGUGCAGGGUAAAAGUAAAGGAGCUGUGGAGUGCCUAUUGCAAAGCCCGUGAGGGAAACCGCCGCUCAGGAGCUGCCCCCACGACCUGCCGUUUUUACAAGGAGCUGGAUGCCAUACUUGGGUGUGACCCCAGUGCCAAUCCGAGGAGCACGAUGGAGAGUUCAGAGCAGGGAGAAGUGGGGGAGGAUGUAGAGGAAGCCGAGAGUGAGGCUACUGGGGUGGAGGGAGACACCCCGGAGUCCCAGGAGGCAUGCAGCCAGGAGCUCUUCUCAAGCCAGGAGGAAGCUAGCCAGUCGCAGCAGCUGGAACUUGUUGGUGAAGAAGAAGCAGAGGAGCGGGUUCCCGUGCCCUUGAAUCCUCCAGCCCUAUCACAGCCUGCUCAAAGACUACAGAACUUGAGGAAUAAGCCAAGGAAAAGCAAAGAAGAUUUGGUCAAAGCAGUUAUGAAUCAGUAUGCCAGAGAGAGUAAGAGGCUGCAGAACUGGAGAGAGAAAAUGCAUGAUACUAAAAUUGGAUACAAGCCAGAAAGGGACAACAAUAUCUUGACAGAGAGCUCCAUGAGUCCAACACAGGGUCAUCUACAUUGUCCAAACUCCAUGUGCAUCAGAGAUUACACUGAUGAAAACAAAAGAACUACGCCACAGAAUGGUCUUGAUCCAUGCAAACAAGAGAAACGUGACCUACUGUUGAAGCGUUUUCCUGCCGUAGUUGAAGCAGAUGGACAAUAA